UUGAGGAAGAAAAUGUGAAUGAGGAUGCAAACAACCAGAUAAUAGAGGAGGUGCCAGAGCAGAAGGACGCCCUCGAAACAGUUGCAGAAGAAAGUCAAGAAGACAUUUUAACUGAGGGCGUUACAUGCAGCGAAGAAGUCCUGCAGAAUGCUGCCAAAACAGAGCCGCACACAGCUGAAAUCCAAGAUGCAGGACAAGUGGGUGUUGCUGAGGACGCUGAUGUGCAAACAAAAGCCCAGCCGAGCAGAGGCGGCGAGAGAAAAGUGUCUGAGAAAGGUGAAGGCACGAGAGAGGAACAGUGCCCCCAAGUGGGAAACGAUGAUGCAGGUCUCCUGGUCACAAAAGAAGACAAACAAGAAGAAAACGGAGAUCAAAUAUUGAGCACUAGCUGGAGAGAUGAGAUGCCAAAUGUUGCGUAUGAAGAACAUACAAACACCAGGUCACUAAAACUCACAGGUGAUGCAAUGAGUGAAGACAGGGAGGAAAGUGGGAAAACAGCUGGUGCUGAGGAGGAGACUGAGAAAGCAGUGACACCGGAGGAUCCUCAAACCAUGAGAAAUAUCCAAGUGAAGGAAGCAGAAAGUAAAAUGCAGCAUGAAGAUGAAAAAGAUUUACAGCUUGAAGACAUUGAGGUCACAGAUUUGAGUGUAGACGAGGAGGAUAACGUGCACAUAGAAGAGGCAAAGAUGCAGACGAACGAAGCAGAUUCAAUGUCGCUGCAUGAGGAAGUAGAAAACCGUGGUGGUGUGCCAGAGCUGGCCUCUGGAAAUGAGAACAAGUCCGAUGAGGGAGCAAAACAAUUUGAAAAUCAGCUGUCAGUCUGUGAAGAGUUGUCAGACGACAACAGAGAUUUGGAAGGAGACCCAGGCGUUACUUCACUGCAUGUCGAAUCACAAAUGGACGACGACAAAAGUCGCAUUGUGUCUGAGGAUGAGGCAUUUGUAGUUGAUCAAGAGCAUGUGACGGCUCAUAGAAGUGAGAGAGAUAAUGUUGAGGAGGAGGAGGAGGAGGAAGAGGAGGAAGAGGAAGAGGGUGCUGUCAUUGAGGAAGAAAAUGUGAAUGAGGAUGCAAACAACCAGACAAUAGAUGAGGUGCCAGAGCAGAAGGACGCCCUCGAAACAGUUGCAGAAGAAAGUCAAGAAGACAUUUUAACUGAGGGCGUUACAUGCAGUGAAGAAGUCCUGCAGAAUGCUGCCAAAACAGAGCCGCACACAGCUGAAAUCCAAGAUGCAGGACAAGUGGGUGUUGCUGAGGACGCUGAUGUGCAAACAAAAGCCCAGCCGAGCAGAGGCGGCGAGAGAAAAGUGUCUGAGAAAGGUGAAGGCACGAGAGAGGAACAGUGCCCCCAAGUGGGAAACGAUGAUGCAGGUCUCCUGGUCACAAAAGAAGACAAACAAGAAGAAAACGGAGAUCAAAUAUUGAGCACUAGCUGGAGAGAUGAGAUGCCAAAUGUUGCGUAUGAAGAAGAUGCAAACACCAAGUCACUAAAACUCACAGGUGAUGCAACGAGUGAAGACAGGGAGGAAAGUGGCAGAAGAGCUGGUGCUGAGGAGGAGACUGAGAGGGCAGUGACACCGGAGGAUCCUCAAACCAUGAGAAACAUCCAAGUGAAGGAAGCAGAAAGUAAAAUGCAGCAUGAAGAUGAAAAAGAUUUACAGGUUGAAGACAUUGAGGUCACAGAUUUGAGUGUAGACGAGGAGGAUAACGUGCACAUAGAAGAGGCAAAGAUGCAGACGAACGAGGCAGAUUCAAUGUCGCUGCAUGAGGAAGUAGAAAACCGUGGUGGUGUGCCAGAGCUGGCCUCUGGAAAUGAGAACAAGUCCGAUGAGGGAGCAAAACAAUUUGAAAAUCAGCUGUCAGUCUGUGAAGAGUUGUCAGACGACAACAGAGAUUUGGAAGGAGACCCAGGCGUUACUUCACUGCAUGUCGAAUCACAAAUGGACGACGACAAAAGUCGCAUUGUGUCUGAGGAUGAGGCAUUUGUAGUUGAUCAAGAGCAUGUGACGGUUCAUAGAAGUGAGGAGGAGGAGGAAGAGGAAGAGGAAGAAGAAGAAGAAGAAGAAAAGGAAGAGGGUGCUGUCAUUGAGAAAGAAAAUGUGAAUGAGGAUGCAAACAACCAGACAAUAGAUGAAGCCCCAGAGCAGGAGGACGCCCUCGAAACAGUUACAGAAACAGUUGCAGAAGAAAGUCAAGAAGAAGACAUUUUAACUGAGGGCGUUGCAUGCAGCGAAGAAGUCCUGCAGAAGGCUACCAAAACAGAGCCGCACAUGGCUGAAUUCCAAGAUGCAGGACAAGUGGGUGUUGCUGAGGACGCUGAUGUGCAAACCAAAACAAGAGAGGGAGAUGAUGACGAGACAGAAUGCCAUAGCAUGGUAAUCAAUGAAAGAUCUGAUGUGACAACCGCACACAUUUCAGUAGAUGAGGGACUUUUUGAUAAAGAUCCAGCAGAAGAGAGGAGCUUUACUGAAGGAGGCAACGAAGAAAGUGUCAUGGAAAUAGCAGGUACAAUGACCUCAGUUGCGGAAAAACCUGAAGGCGAGACUGGACAGGAAAUGAGGGCAGAGUUUAAAAAUAUUCCCGUGGGCAUAUGUGAAGGCCAGGUUGUUGUCCCGCAGGAGCUGAGCUUUCCAACAUGUGAGGAAACACAAGAGGGAGUUCCUGAGUACAACAAUGUGCCCGGGCCAGAUGAAAAUACAACACAAAGAUUCCUGGAGGAAGGAGAUUGCGAGGAAAUCCAGGGCAGCCAAUUACCAGAAGAGGUGGAGAGCGAAGAGCCGGAGAGCCUUGAAAACAGUGGGUGUAGAAGCAGCGCUGACUACUUACUGGUGACGGAGCAUAUGGAAGAGGAGCAAGAGAACACAGAUGUUAACCACAGCUUUGAUGCUGGAUCGCAUCAACAAACAGAGAAACCACUUGAUGAAGCAGUAAUUCAAGAAUCAGGACACUUAUUUGAGGAAGAGGAAGGAGAAUUACUGGAUGACUCAAUGAAGACGGGCGUCGAACAAUCAGAAAAGGAAAUUGAGUCAGACAUCGGCUCAACAGGCGAGAACGGGGCCAAAGAGCCGCAAGAUGGGUUCGAAGAUAUUUUGGUUGAAUAUGAAAUAGACGAAGGGUUAUGUGAUUCAAAAGAAACUGAUGCUGCUAGAGGUGGCAUUGAGACAACAGCAGCUUUAACAGUAGAGCAAACUUUCUUCAAGGCUGAAGAACAGAAGAUGACGGAGAUGAACUUCCUACAGGAAUCCGUAGAUGUCCUGAGCUCAGCGCAAAACAGCAACAUGACUCCUAGUUUACUUGAAGACAUAACUGAAUCUGGAUUCCUGAAACAGUGCGGUGAGGCUGAGCAUAAACUACCUGAAGAUGUUGAAAUGCAAGAUGCUGGGAUAGAUAUGGAAGAAACAGGUUAUGAAGUCGAGGAGGUGGCAGCAGAAGAUGAAAUGCAGAGCAAAACCGAGAUGGAAAUUUUACAUCUGCAGGUAGCUGGACAGGCAGAAUCUGAAUUGUCUCCACCAGUUGGUUCACUGGAGACGAAAAAUCAUCAGUCAGACGAAGCACUUGAGAUAAGCGGUGAGAUGUUAACAGACUCAGAAGCAGCUGAUGAAUCAAAGCCAGCAGAGUCUGAGCCAAAAGAAUUGACUUUGACAUCAAGAGAAGAGGCAAAGCGUGAGACGGAACCAGAGGGGAGUUGUGCUGAAGAAACGGUUUGCUCAUCCGGUGGAUUUCAGGAUGUUAUCGAUGAAGAAACCCUCGACUUGUGGCUCCAGACUGCUCUAUCAGAGGACAAUGACGGCGUUAAACAACAAGUAGGUCCGCAGUCCAAUGAGGAGCAAAGCGAAAUAUCAUCAGUGCAGACAGAGAAGGAUAAAGAGCAGCUUGUGGAGUCAAAUUCAAGAGAAUCUGAAUUAGUGAGUGACACAGAAAUGUCUUCAUCAACAGUAGAGUCUGGAUUUUUGGACCAGUCUCUCAGUGAAGGGGGAACUCAAAACAGUGAAACUCAGCUUCUGAAAUCAAAUAGCUCUGGGUCAUUACAAGGAAUACAUGACAUGUUGGCUAAUGUGUCAGAAUCAGCAGACAUCUCUGAAUGGUCUACCCAACAACCUAACUCUGAAUCACAGGAUAUAUUGAUGGAGGAAGCAGCUGAGACAGGGAAAUUGUAUCUGAAAGAGGAGACUGAAACUGGAUCACAGAAAGAGGUCGAUGCUGAGGUAUCCGACUGGAAAGACGCUGAAGAAGCAGAAGCUGAGUCGCUGACAGAAAUUAGUUUUCUAUCCAAACUCGAGGAAACAGAAGCUGAAGAUGAGCCUGUUGAGAUGUCUGACUCUCCAGAUGAAAUCAAACACACAGAAUCUGCACGAUCUAGAUUGGACUCAGAGGAGUCGUUAGAGGAUGAAAUAGUGUUGACAGAAUCUGGUUCACAAGGCGACACCUGCACCGAAUCUGAGAGGAAGUUGCCCUCAGUUGACAAACCACAGCCCGGGUGGUCAGAAGAUGUUUCUGAAUCAUUACUUGGGCUAAACAUGGCUGACGUGGCAGGACAGCCAACGACGACGUCUGAAUAUCAGAUGGAGGUGGACACCUCUGCGCUUGACUUUUCUGCACAAAAGUCCAGGAUUUUAGUUAAAAACCCUCUUGUAAGGCCACCCAAAGAUCCCCGCUCACUUCUGCAGAUGCCCUCAUUGGAUCCCACACCCUCUCCACAACUGUCUGCCAAAAAACCUGCAGGUGUGCCUUUGGGAGGCUUGGGCUUUGGAGUAAAAAUGCCAGGGUUUGGUGGGGGAUUUCCUGUUUUAAAAAAGACACCACGUGUGGUGAGAGAUGAAAAUAGUCCAGACACCCACCCACAGGAGACAAAGCCAGAGGAGACAAGUGACACUCAAACCCAAGAUGAGGCACAACCCAAACCUAAAUGGAUGCCACCAAGACAUCCAGGAUUUGGAAAUCCACUGAUGUCCGAGCUGAAGAGCAAACUAAAGAAAACCACAAAAGAGUGAAAAGAAGAUGGAUUGCGAUGCUUUGUAUGAAUUUGAAUAUAAUAUGAAAAUUGAUUUAUUUUUUGUGUAUUUAUGAAAUUGAACACAGUGAUGAAAUGUCUAUUAAGUCAAUUACUUUUCCUAUAUUUUGUAAUAAAGCUUAACUGAAAAAUGAAUGAUGAUUUUGUAUACACAAUGCAAGAAGUGGGGACUGUGCUGUGUUUUAGCACACACAAUAAUCAUAGUCUCAAAUAUCUUUGGGGUGC